UCUUCCCCAGGGCAGGUAACAGCUGCAGUGACAGCUGCCAUCGAUGCUGGGUACCGACACUUCGACUGUGCCUAUGUGUACCAGAAUGAGAAGGAAGUUGGGGAUGGGAUCCAGCAGAAAAUCAAGGAAGGUGUUGUGAAACGAGAGGACCUCUUCAUCGUCAGUAAGCUGUGGUGCACAUUUCAUGAGAAGUCUCUGGUGAAGGCAGCCUGCCAGAAGACUCUUGCUGCCCUGAAACUGGAUUACCUGGAUCUCUACCUUGUCCACUGGCCUUUUGGGUUCAAGGCAGGAGAGGACCUGUUCCCCACAGAUGACAAAGGCAUGGCUAUCCCCAGCAACACAGAUAUUCUACAGACGUGGGAGGCCAUGGAAGAGCUGGUGGAUGCUGGUCUGGUAAAAGCCAUUGGAAUCUCCAACUUCAACCGUGAUCAGACUGAAAGAAUCUUGAACAAGCCAGGCCUGAAACACAAGCCUGCAAACAACCAGAUUGAGUGUCAUCCAUACCUUGCCCAGGAGAAGCUGAUCAACUAUUGCCAGUCCAAAGGGAUCACUGUGACAGCAUACUGUCCCCUGGGACGCCCUGACGGAAGUAAGCCAGAUGCUCCUUCCCUUCUGGAUGACCCCAAGAUCAAAGAGAUUGCAGCCAGGCACAACAAAACCCCAGCACAGGUUCUCCUUCGCUUCCAGAUCCAGAGGAAUGUGAUUGUGAUUCCCAAGUCUGUCACACCACAGCGCAUCGUGGAGAACUUCAAGGUGUUUGACUUUGAGUUGACCAAAGAGGAGAUGACAACCCUGCUCAGCCUGGACAGAAACUGGAGGAUCUGCGAAAUGAUCACGUGCAAAAAUCACAAGGAGUACCCUUUCAAUGCAGAAUACUGAAGAUGAUUUUAUCCUGCCCUC